AUGUUAACAAAUUUAAUUUUUCUCACACUCUUUUUGAUAAAAACUGUGUGGGCCUUGCAGGGAAAUAAAAUUUUGGUUCUAUUAGAUAAUCUACAAUCUCGUGAUAAAUAUUCUCAAUUUUUUGAAACAUUAACUGAUAGAGGCUAUCAUCUGUCUUAUAAUGUAGCUGAUGAUUCAAAAUUAAUUCUACAAAAGAAUAAUGUUUAUGUUUGUGAUCAUUUAAUAUUAUUGGCACCAUCAGUGGAAGAGUUUGGUGGUCAAUUCAGUGUUGAAGAACUUACCACAUUUAUAGAUACUGGGCAUAAUAUACUUGUUGCAACUAAUACUAAUAUAGGUGCUCCAAUAAGGGAAUUAGCUGUUGAAUGUGGAUUUGAAUAUGAUCAACCUGGUACAUAUGCAAUUGAUCAUUUUAAUUAUGAUAAUAAAGAUCAAGGAAAACACACUUUAAUAUGGGGGGAUUCUUCAGAUCUUGUUGAUUCUAAAAUUAUUGUUGGCAAUACCAAGAAACCAAUUCUAUAUCAAGGAAUUGGCCUGAUCCGAGAUCCCGAUAACAAACUGGCAUUUGACGUAUUGACUGCCCGAUCCACAGCCUUUUCCUAUUCUCCAGACGCUCUACGUGUGACUACUUAUCCCCAUGCCUCUGGAAGAGGGCUAUCUCUUGUUGCCGCUGUCCAGGCUCUUAACGACGCUCGUGUCGCUUUCACUGGAUCAGAUAUGCUUUUCUCCAACGCCUUCUUCGGCGCCAACGUUAAGGAUGGGCUGACCGGGAAAAGCAUUGGCCCAUCAGGAAAUAAAGAAUUUGCCGUGGCCUUAUCCAAAUGGAUCUUUAAAGAAACAGGGGUUCUUAGAGCCGGUAAUGUCACUCAUCAUAAGAUUGGUGGAAUUGAAAAUCCCUUGUCUUAUACGAUUACGGACGAUGUGAUAUACGAAAUAGAUAUUGAAACUUUGAAUGACAAGGGUCGUUGGGUUCCUUAUGUUGCUAAAGACAUACAAAUAGAGUUUGUGAGAAUCGAUCCUUUUAUAAGAACCGGUUUAUCUUACAAAGGUGGCAAAUACACAGCCAAAUUUAAACUACCAGAUGUGUAUGGAGUAUUCCAAUUCAAAGUUGAUUAUUUAAGAAAAGGUUAUACGCAUCUUUUUAUCACUAAGCAGGUUUCAGUCAAACCCUUUCAGCAUACUCAAUAUGAACGAUUUAUACCGACUGCCUACCCUUACUACACUAGCGCCUUUCUGAUGAUGGUGAUGGUGUAUCUAUUAGUGUUUAUGGUGUUAUAUGAUAAAGAAGACAAAAAAACUAAGAGUGAUUAAGAUUAUUUGUACGUUAUUAAAAAAAAUUGGGUGCCAGUUUUGAUUGAAAUUUAUUAUAAGGGUUAUCAUAAUUUAGUUAUAUAUAUAUACGACUGUGAUUGUAAAUAUACGAAAUGUAUGUUUUUUUUAUCA